AUGAGUCUGCUCAACAGUGUCUUCUACGCCACGACCUUUCCGUUUGAUCAAUUCCGAGUGCCCGAGCCCGCCGGCUCGCAACAUCACCUAACCCCAGACAGUUCCGUUACGCGCACCACCUUCGUCAAACCCAACCCUCGGAGGGCCGAUCGUCGAUCCCUCAAGAACCCCUACGUAUCUACUGAAUUCGAUCCGGCCUCCACCUCUUCAUCCGCUUCCCCCUCAGCUCCGAUCAACAUGGCCGUCCCUAUCGCUCCCUCGAGCACCGUGGCUUUCCGCACCCCGUCGUCGCUGUCGUCGACCCCCACCCCCGCACCCCACUGGAGCAUGCAAGAUAUGCGCAGCAGGCAGGAGCGCUCCUCUUCGAAGAAGAACGGCGGAGGCGAGCUCAAGUCGAUCCGUCGCAUGUUCUCGUCGUUCGGGUUGCAAAACUCGCCUGCGAAACACUCGCGUAUCGCCACGCGCGACAUCUCCGCGCCCUCGUUCAUCGCUUCCCCCGCCACGGCGACGUACGCGGAGGGGACGAUUUCUCUGCAACAGAAGAAAAAAGUUACAAUCGCCGAGCAGGUCAUCUACGCAUCUCGCAAGAUCGUCCAAACUAUCAGGCGUAAACUUUCGAGCAAGACACCCGCGAACGAAUUGCCCAAGACGUGGGAAGAAUACUCAAAGGCGUACGCCAAGGUAAGCUUGAGCUUUCUUACAGCCGGGCGGCGCUCGUGCUGAUACGUCCUCAGCUUCUGAAUCCCAUUAUUUUAUCGACCUGACAGUACGAGAUCGAUAUCGAAGACCCUCCCUUGCCCCCAGUGCGCGAGGUCACGGAUGCGGCCGACCCAACCCCGUUCGAGGCAAAGUCGUACAUGGCCCCCAAGCCCUACAACGAGUCCGAGCGUCAAGCCGUUGUCGACAAGCUCGAUCUGUUCGCAACCAAGAACAAGCAAGCGAACGCCUCCACGUCGACGCUGGCCAUUUCGAUGCCGGCAUCGACCUCCACUUCGGCCACCAACUCUCGCCCUGUUUCCGCCGGCCCGGACUCGCUGCUCCGUCGACACUCGUACGGCAACACCUCCGUCACUUCCGCUGCGACGAGCUUCAUGCCCCCAGACAUCGAGAGUGAAUCCGCUGCUGCUGUCACUUCGCUCCAAAACUAUCCCGCGUUCCGCGACAUCGUUCAAAGGUGCCAAAAGCUCUUCGGCGUUCGCGUGGGCAUGCUCACCGUCCUGGACGAAGAGCAGCAGCUUUUCCUCGCCACGGGCGGUCUGCCUGAAGCUGUCGAACAAGGUGGCGCCCUCCCACGUGCCGUUACGUUCUGCUCUCAUGCGAUCCUCAACGAAGAGCGCGGUAUGGUGGUUCUCGAUUCACUCAAUGACUGGAGGUGAGUUUGAAUAAAGACGAAGAGGGAUCGAUACCAUUUUCGAUCGAAGCUGACCCCACACAUUCACCGAUGUCUAGGUUCGCCAACUCGCUCCCGACGUCAGCCCUGGGAGCCCGUUUCUAUGCCGGUGUCCCUCUUCUCGCGCCCACUUUCGGCGACCCAGAUGCACCAAACGUCGCUAUCGGCACGCUCUGCGCUGUCGACGAUCGACCUCGCGCCGAUUUCAGCGAAAAUGAACGCGCCGAGCUGCAGAAGCUCGCCGUCGAGGCGUCGACGCACAUCGAGACGUGGGUCAACGAGCGAAUGGGCAUGAAGCUUACCCGACUCAAGAGCUCGUUUGCGCGAUCGACUGCGACGUUGCCCGCCCCGGCCGAAGUCGAGGCCGAAGGCGAGACCCCCGUCGAGACUGCUCCGGAACCCGAGGCAGGAGAGCCCGCAGUCGCACGACAGGUCGAAACGGAGGCGCAAGUCACGCCCGAGUCUGAGUCGGAGAUCGCGUUCGAGGACGCAUUGGCUGAACCGUCGAUACCCGUCGAGCAAGCCCGUUUCGAAAACUCUGCCCCUAACUUUGCUCCUGCCGAACCUGCCCACCUUGCUGCUCCUGCGCGUCUUGUCGCCCGACCUCCUCGUGCCGAGCAUCGACCCCGACCCACUGCAGUUUUCCAAUCCUCACCCCAGGUCUCGUUGCCGCUUACCCCUCCCGAUUCGCUCAAGGGGUCGCGCAACCACGGAUACACUCAUGCACACGCUCGCAAGGGAUCCGACUCGUCCUCGAGCAUGUCUUCGUUCACGUCGGACCGCCCCGUCGCUCGCCGUCCGUCCGGCUUCAACACGCUCUCGCUUGCCGUGACGAGCGAAGAUCCCGUCACUGCCGUGCCCAAGGACCUGCAGAAGGUCUUUGACCAGGCGACUCGUAUGCUCGCCAAGGCCCUGGCGCUCGACCUCGUGUAUUUGGUCUCACUCGACGUGGCGGCGCUCAACUCGGGCACCAACACGCAUUCUGCGCUGCGCGUCCUGUCCGCAUACGGAAUGCCUUCGCCCCCACCCACCUUCGACCCUGCAUUGCACCUCAAGGCCCUGCGUGCCCCCGAAGGUGGUAUGCUGUACUCAAACCCUCGCUACUCGCCCGAAGACGCUGGACCGGGCUACAGUGGAGGUCUCCUCAUCCCCGUGCUGGAAGUUCGACGCACUGGUUACGUCUUGUCGGGUUACAGCAAGGACGCGACGCGUAACUUUGAGCAAAAGGACUUGACCUACUUUGUCAGGUUCUCGGAGCAGCUCGAGACGUACGUCACCAAGUUGGGUCGCGUGAGUGGGUCGCAGAUCGCUGUUGGCUUGUGA